ACAGACAUACCCCAAAUAAAGAAGAAGAAGAAGAAGAAGAAUGCUGCCUAUUAGAAUUUUAUGCUUACUAGUACUCCUAAUCUUAAUUGCUCAUAUUCUCCCAAGCACGAGUUCUUACCAAGGAGAUUUGAGUAUAGGUCGUGGUGCAAAUAAAAGACGCAAUUCAGCACCAAAUAGAGAGGCAAAUACUGGUGGAGAACAUGAAGCAGCUGUGAUAAGAGGAAAUAAAAUGAAAGGAUCCCAAAAGGCAUAUACAGGAAAAUUCAUGAAAGAAGAUAUUAAUAUAGUAGCAACCAAGCAAGAGAGGGUGGGUUUAAAUGUAAACGUAAAAGGUGAACAAAUUAUGAGCAGACGUCCACUUUCGCAAUCUGGAGGGAAGAAAGAAAGGGCUGAAUUUGUUGCAUUUACAGCAGAUUAUAAAUCACCAAGGCAUCACCCUCCAAGACACAACUGAAAACCAAUUAAAGAUCGAUCAGUUCAACACUACUUUUGCAGCUUUUUUAUGUUAAGUCUUUUCUUUAAUAUCUUUCAGCUUAUACAAUUAGUGCAUUUUAUGUAUUUUUAUUUGUGGCAUGCAACAACUACGGAUGCUUUUAUUAAAUAUCGAGCAGUAUAAUGAAGGAAUAUAUGUACUCAGGAUUUUCAAUCCUAUGUUCAUUCAGAUAUUCAUGUUUUGUAAUUCGGAGAACUGAUUGAUGGA